GCGGGGACUGAGCGGCCCUGGCCAGGCGGUCAGCAUCUUCGGGUGCUGUAGGGGUCGCGUACUUGUUCGCAGCCUGACUUCCCCUCGGUGCUGACACGACCCGCGGCUGGGCACGCACUGCCUCUUGCCUAAGACUCCGCGGGCCGCUCUUUCCCCAGGUCUCUGUGCUGUGGCUGCCAGAGCCUGAAGGAUGUUUCACGGAAUCCCAGCCACUUCGGGUAUUGGAGCCCCAGGGAAUAAGCCGGAGCUAUAUGAGGAGGUGAAAUUAUACAAGAAUGCUCGGGAACGGGAGAAGUAUGACAACAUGGCAGAGCUGUUUGCAGUGGUGAAGACAAUGCAGGCACUAGAAAAAGCAUACAUCAAAGACUGCGUCACCCCCAAUGAAUAUACUGCAGCCUGCUCCCGGCUCCUGGUUCAAUAUAAAGCUGCCUUCCGGCAGGUUCAAGGCUCAGAGAUCAGCUCCAUUGAUGAAUUUUGCCGCAAGUUCCGUCUGGACUGUCCACUUGCCAUGGAGAGGAUCAAGGAGGACCGGCCCAUCACCAUUAAGGACGACAAGGGCAAUCUCAACCGCUGCAUCGCGGAUGUGGUCUCGCUCUUCAUCACAGUCAUGGACAAGCUGCGACUGGAGAUCCGCGCCAUGGAUGAGAUUCAGCCAGACCUACGGGAGUUGAUGGAGACCAUGCACCGCAUGAGCCACUUGCCUCCAGACUUUGAAGGCCGCCAAACAGUCAGCCAAUGGCUGCAAACCUUGAGUGGCAUGUCAGCCUCUGAUGAGCUGGAUGACUCCCAGGUACGCCAGAUGCUCUUUGACCUGGAGUCAGCCUACAACGCCUUUAAUCGCUUUCUGCAUGCCUAAGUGGAGCUCAUGGGAGAUACCGACUGAAGGCUCAGGACACUUCCUGUUCCCCUGUAUCUGCGCCUGCCCUGGAUGUCUAUGUUGUCAUUAACUCAGUCCAAAUAAAAAUGCUGUCUAACACUCCUGCUGAGGGCAACUA